AUGAAGGUAGCUAUCAUCAUAUAUUCCACUUAUGGUCAUAUCAUCGGCUUAUCCAAGUCAAUUAAACAAGGGGUUGAAGAAUCGAAACUUGCAUCUCAAGUUGAUAUUUAUCAAAUUCCAGAAACUUUAUCUCCUGAAGUUCUAAAAUUAAUUCAUGCUCCUGAAAAACCCAAAGAUAUCCCUGUUGCUACUAUUGAUAUUUUAGAAGAAUAUGAUGCCUUUUUAUUCGGUAUUCCAACCAGAUUUGGUCAUUUACCAGCUCAAUGGAUUGAGUUUUGGGGUCAAACCGGUGGUUUAUGGGCUAAAGGUGCUUUAUACGGUAAACCAGCUGGUAUUUUCGUUUCAACUGGUACUCCAGGUGGAGGUCAAGAAACUACUGCUAGAAAUGCCAUUACUUAUUUAGCUCAUCAUGGUUUACCAUAUAUUCCAUUAGGUUAUGCUCCAGUAUUUGCUGAUCUUACCAAUUUAGAUGAAUUCCAUGGUGGUUCUCCUUAUGGUGCUGGUACUUAUGCUGGUGGUGAUGGUUCAAGAUCUCCAACUGAACUUGAACUUAGAAUUGCUAAGGCUCAAGGUGAAGCUUUCACUAGAUCUGCUGUUAAAUUCUUUACUGCUUCAACUCCAGUCGAAUCAAAAUCAAGUUCAAAGACAGCUGUUUCUGAAACUAAGGAAAAAGUUGAAAAAGUAGCUGCUGCUCCUCAAAAAGUUGCUCAAAGAACUCAACAAACUGCUACUACUACUGCUGCAACUGCUGAAAAGAGUUCUUGUCUUAAAUGUAUAAUAAUGUAAUAUGGCUACCAUCCCCAACUUUAAAAAACUUUCAAAAAUUCUUCCUUAAUGUUACAUUAUUAGUGUCCUUAUUUAAUCAUUCCCUUUUUUUAAUACCUUCAUUGUUUUGCUAACCUUAUCUUUAUUUACACGGUUCUCAUCAUUCUACCUCUCUAUUUGUUUAUUCUUUGUUUUUGUAUUUACUCUCAUACACAUACAUAAACUAUUAGAACGAUUGAUCAAUUC